AUUAUGCAUAUAUGUGGCACAAAAAAGGUUUAAUAAAAAGUUUUACUGAUAUGAAAUGCUGUAAGAAAAUGUAUAUAAAAACGAAGGAAGGUAGAUAGCUUGUGUUAACAAAUUCAAAAUUCGAUCCGCGUGAGCAGUAGGAAGUAACGAAACAUGGCGGGACCUCAUCCAUCCAACGGAAGCGAAAACGAGCAUCAAGGAAGCAUGUCAGUGACGACAACCACCGCCCCUAUCGGAAACCACUGGGAAGUUCAAUAUGCUCGCUUCUUCAAGCGUCCUUCUCUCUCAUCUGCCGCCGGUGCCGGUGGUUAUCAUCCUUCUCUCGUUCCCCAAGUCAAAAGGUCCAAGGGCUCAUGGAUUUCAUCCUUCACUUCUCUCGCCAAUCUCAAGUUACUAACCUCCACAAACGAUAACUCUGAUAUUUCUCGCUCCAUCAUACUAACAGUUACUCUCGUCGACAACGUCAUUGAGGAGCAUUACAUUUCAAAGCUACAUUUCACCUGGCCUCAUGUCUCAUGUUUGCCUGGAUACCCUCCUAGGGGCAGCAAAAUUGUAUUCAUGAGUUACAAAGAUCAUGCAGGCGAUAUCCAAAAGUUUGCCUUGCGAUUUCUCACAAGUGAUGAGACUGAAAGAUUUAUGAAUUUCAUAAAGGAUAUCUUUGGACAUGAGAAGAUUGACCGGUCAACUCCUGAUAUCCCUGAAUCCAAAACCCCAUCUCAAUCUGAGAUCGUGCCUUCUCUUCAACCUGUAGAGAGAGAUGCCAAAAGGAAGAUUGUACUUGGCCUCUGUAGUCCAAAUUCGCUAUCUAAAAAGUCAACACAGGAGUGGAGCCCAAUAAGCUCUUCUCCAGCCUAUAGACCAACACUUGACUGGAGUCCAAUAGGGUCAAAUGCUGAAACAAUAUUUAGUCAAAGCUCAAAUCCCAUGGAAGCCACACUUAGUCAAGAUGUUCAAGAAAAGCUUUCAGCCUUUCCUCCUAGCUUCACAUCAUUAUUGACCAUGGCAACAACACAAGGAAUCCUUACUGAAGAUGUCAUUCUGAAAAAUGAAAUCAUGAAAUAUUUAGAAGACUCUUCCUUCCAAGUGAUGCUGAGCAAGGUACAGAAGGUGGUAACUGAAUUUGAAGACAUAUUUCCGAUGUAAAAAGUAAAAACGAGAGCUACAUAGGUACUAAUACUAAUAUCUAUCUAUAUUGAUGUUAUAGUAUCUCAAGUGUUUACUUUUUUUUGUUUUAGAAUGAGGCAUUUUAUAUCAGUAAACAAUUAACCAAAAUUAGUAAAAGGAAAAGAAAAGUAAAAACCAUGUUUGCUUGUCUAAAGGCAUUUUAUAUCUAAGGUGUUUUUUCACCUCGUGAAAUGUAGUAUUCCUCCCUUUUAAAAAUAAACGUAG